AUGGUGAAAGAGACCAAGUUCUACGACGUGCUCGGCGUCCCUCCGGAUGCCAGCGAGUCCCAGCUCAAGACCGCAUACCGCAAAGGCGCCCUCAAGCACCACCCCGACAAGAACGCCCACAACCCCGAAGCCGCAGAAAAGUUCAAGGAAAUUUCACAUGCCUACGAGACCCUCUCAGACCCACAGAAGCGCCAACUCUACGACCAAUAUGGUGAGGAGGGUCUCGAGCAAGGCGGUAUGGGCGGCGGUGGAGGCAUGGCUGCUGAAGACCUGUUCGCCCAGUUCUUCGGUGGCGGCGGUGGCCUUGGCGGUAUGUUUGGCGGCGGCAUGAGAGAACAGGGUCCUAAGAAAGCACGGACGAUUCACCACGUCCAUAAGGUGUCACUGGAGGAUAUCUACCGCGGCAAGGUCUCUAAGCUCGCCCUGCAAAAGUCGGUCAUCUGCUCGAAGUGCGAAGGCCGCGGAGGCAAGGAAGGCGCUGUUAAGACGUGCGCUGGCUGCAACGGUCAGGGUAUGAAGACUAUGAUGCGCCAGAUGGGUCCUAUGAUCCAGCGAUUCCAGACUGUCUGCCCGGACUGCAAUGGUGAGGGUGAGACGAUCCGCGACAAGGACAAGUGCAAGGCGUGCAACGGCAAGAAGACGGUUAUCGAGCGAAAGGUCCUGCACGUGCACGUUGACCGUGGUGUCCAGAACGGUACCAAGAUCGAUUUCCGUGGCGAGGGUGAUCAGAUGCCUGGCGUGCAGCCAGGUGACGUGCAGUUCGAGAUUGAGCAGAAGCCGCACCCUCGAUUCCAGCGCAAGGGCGACGAUUUGUUCUACCACGCUGAGAUCGACCUUCUGACCGCACUUGCUGGAGGUGCCAUCUACAUUGAGCACCUCGACGAGCGGUGGUUGACCGUGGAGAUCAUUCCAGGCGAGGUCAUCUCACCAGGCGAGAUCAAGGUCAUCCGCGGACAGGGCAUGCCAUCAUACCGACACCACGACUUCGGCAAUCUCUACGUGCAAUUCGACGUCAAGUUCCCAGAGCGUCUCAACGGCCCACCAGACGCCGAGGGUUACCCAACGCCUCUCCAGCCACAGCAGAUCAAGGCCCUCGAGUCCGUCCUCCCACCACGCACCCCACAAUCGAUCCCACCACCAGACGCCAUGACCGAAGACUACUCGCUAGAAAAGGUCGACCCAAUGCGGGAGGGCGAACGCGCAAGAGCUGCAACGGACGAGGAUGACGAUGAGAUGGGCGCUGGCGGCGAGAGAGUACAGUGUGCAUCGCAGUAA